GCCGAGGUAGCGCCUUUCUAUGACAGUCAAUGGUGUCCUGGUACGUAUCGUCCCGUUCCUCUUGCAGCCCACUGCGGCCUACUCUCGCAGCUCGGCUCCAGCCGCGGCACCAGAGGCGGUGCGGUAAGCAGGAUGGCUGCCGCUGCUACGACAAUACACUAGCAGUGCUGCUGGAAUAUCACUGUUAACGUCGCUGCUAAGAGCAGCGAAACUCAAUGCUAUUGCUGCUAUCGCCGUGGUGUGAGUGAAAGCACAUCAGCCGGAGGUAGAGCGAUUGUCUGGGUGUGUGUUUGUCACAUGAGAAGAAGACCCAGGACAUAGGAGUGAGACGAGUUAAGGGCUCUGUGUUAAUGCUACCUAUGGUGGUGGUUGUAACAGAAAGAGCGUUGCACUGCUGCGGUAUCGUGCGGUGACGGAUAAUAUUGCUGAAAGGAGGGAAAAAACCGUGCAGCAGCCGCUACGCCGAGUGAGAGUGUCGUUCGUCCCGUUCCACUUCAAGUGUAAAGAGCGGAGAAGCAAUUGGUGAGCCGCUUGCAUACUGAAUAUUCGAGUAGUAGAUUUAAUCAGUGACUGUGUGAAACAAGACUCUCGGUGGACAGAUAGUUGAUACCCGAAAACACUGAUCGCCGAGCGGUGUUCGGCGAUCAUUUAAUGGUGCCAAAAGUCGCAGCUACGACGGCUGAUUCCGUUGCUAACCGUCGAUGAAUAGCUGUGAGUUGUGGCGGUAGAACAUGUCUCAACGUCAGAAUCACUCGUCGAUAGAGAAGCACUACUAGCGGAUAAGAUAGCGUCGAAGAAACUACGUCGAGACAGGUACUGAGAAAAGGAUUCAUUUACUGUUGUUAUUGUUGUUGUUGUUGUUACACAAUUGUACCGACGGGAACGAGACCCACAAGUAAACGACGCAGUCGCACGUUUUCCCAGUGGGUAAAAGUCUCAUCUUGCCAGCAAAUUGGUUUUGUCCAGGUGCGCUACUGCAGGUGUUGUGUUUGUGUUUUCAUGUGCGCCAGCUAUCAACUUCCUCUAUGACAAUAUCGAUAGUAGUACUCGCAUGUUUAUAGAAUGAGUGCGCUCAGAAAAAAAGAUAGAUAAAUAACAAUCAAAGCGAAAUAUGUUAGCCGCCGCCAAAAUGGAAUAGUGGUUGAUGGCGCGCACCGUUUACAGUGACGUGUUCUCGUUGAUUGUCGCGAUUUCAACUUUUAUUCAUUAGCUUUCGUUGUUUUUUUUUAUAAACAAGUAAGGUAGCGUAACCGAAGUACGGGAUAGCACAAAUUUCGACCCCGAAUAAUUACUAAGUGCGAAAAAUGAACAUUGAUCCUAAACCGAAGUUCAAAACAAUCGAAAUCGUUGAUUGUUCACCGAAUUCGCUUGUUAUCGUGAAUUUAAUCGUCGUCAUUUUCGAGGCAGCUUGCUAGCAGAUUCUGUCGAUUAAGCUGGAGUGCAGCGAGGAUGUAAAAUGAUUGUAUCGGGUGAUCGUUUAUGGACUGGGGUAGAGAUAGUCCAGGGGUAUGGGGUGUAUUGGUCACGUGAUAAUAACUGUUGAUGCAAUCAGCAGGACAGUGAGAAACUGUGAAACGAAAAAACACCGAAGUUUGUGUCGUCGUACAGAUUAAGUCGCCAUCGUGAUUUCGCGCUCUUCCGAGCUUCCUAUCCGGGGAACAUAAUACACACAAGUGGUUCAACCGUAAACGAGACGAGAAAAAACGCGACAUUUUGUUGCCCGAAAAAACGCCGGAGCUUUACAGCGACUGAGAGUGCAGCUGAGUUGAUAGUGCUCUGUGGAGUCUCUCUUGUGCAUGGAUAGUUUUGUGAAGUAGAUUAAAGGAGAAGCGUCGAAGAUGUCGAAGAGAAGGCAAAAUUUAUCUUUUGCAUCGUGUGUUGUGCACCCGGAAGUUCUACAUGUCUCCGUUUUUGUGUGAGUGUAGUACCUAAAAACACGUUAAUUGUGUUUUUGUAUGGAUGUGCUUAACCGAUCUUCGACUCACCAACGGAAUCGAUAGCCGGCUUUCCAACGACUGCUAUUGAAUAUCGUGACGACACGAAAAUCGCACGAAAUCAUCAUGUCGCUUAUUGGCCGUCGGUUGGUGAUCGAGCUUACUCAUUUGUGAAGGCCGCUGUACAGUGCAAAUACUACAAGCGUACAACUGGCAUAGGAUACAGCUACAGUGAAAACACGAACUCGUCCUAAACAAAGAUUGCCGAAAUAACACAACAUCAGCUUUCAACAUACCGCAAAAUAGUCUAAUUGACAGUUAAAAAAAAGAAGUUCGUUUCAAUGUGAAAACCACACAGGAACAGGAGAAUGGUGUUCUUACAGCUUACUGCUGUGACAACAACGGCAACCAUUACGGGGUUAGCAAGUGGACUCUCGUCACGACAUAGGACAAGGAUGGGUUCAUUGUUGAUCCUUCUAGCCCUGAUUUGGCCACUAGGGCUCGUUUGGGCUUCGUGCGAGUUUCCGGAGAGCAUGCGUGGAGAAUGGUUUCAAAAAUCCUACCAGGACCCGAUUAUCAUCACUCGGAACGCGCUUAGCAAGCAUGGCCAAUGUCGGGAACGGCGACAUGACAAGUUCCUUCUCUACAAUUCACGAGAGAACACGUACUCAUUCGUCGUGAUCACGCAAAAACAUCCGAAUGUUAUGCAGUACAAGGAAACGCCGUCACCUCUUCGAGGGAAUUGGACUCUGGACCAAGCAUAUGCCGAGCUUAGUGGCGAUACGCCAUUAUAUUCAGUGUUCCGGAUUGAUGGAGAACCAGUUCCCUGCCCAUUCAGGGACACGUUUCUCUUUUCGUAUAACCGCGGUAACGGAAACUGCUCAAACCCGCCCUCGGUGAGCGAUUCGUGUACCGAUAAAGGCCGUGUCUUAUUCAAAUUCAAGGCGUGUUACGACACGCACUCCGAGAGUCGCAAAGAAACGCUAACCUGUGUCGGUACGUGGAAAGAAGGGAGUCAUCACUACCUUGUUGGCAAGAUGGACCACGCGACAGCUCAUUCUAAUGAAGAUCGUUUCCGUUGCUUCAUUUACGAGGAGCUCCGCCGAAAUGGAGGCCAAGUUGGAGGCUACAACGUGGCCAUUUCGGGUGAUGCGACCUGUGACGGGGUACAGGCCCCCAACGAAGGCAGUACUACGUUGGUAUUAAGUCGAAGUCCACGGCCGAAGAAAACAUUUCCUUCAUGGAUGUACGCCGAGGCGCACCACUGGCGAACGUUGAACCGAUCGCGUUCAUUCGAGAUUUCGCGUGAAAACUCGUCUCUUGUCAUCCAGUCUGGUUCAUGGAUCGAACAACGUUGGACUUGUGAGGAAGUCUACGAUAUCGGUGAAAACCAGGCGAAGAUCGUGGUGCACGCCAUUGAAGGGUGUGACAGUGGGUACAUCUGCUUAAUGGUAUACCGGCGUGCAGCCAACGUGUUGGAACUACAGAUGGGCAAACGAACGCCUCGUAAUGAGGACGCCUGUCUUCAAGCGUACUUUGAUUCGAGCGACGAAGACUAUGUGACCCUGCUGGCCGAGCCGCCCGGCCUCGGUGAAGCCCCUCUGCGGGGCAAGUUCACUUUAGUUGGCGUCAGUGGGGCUUUGUUCGCGGAAUUGCUGCGAGCCCCGUCAAGUCAGUGGGCAUCAGGCGACCAACAGAUGGAGGCCGCCCUACAAGAUCCUGAUAGGACUCUCGGAAGCGUAGCGGCCAGAGAGCAGGGCAUUGAUCAGGGCGAACUGCAGUGCUCGGAGCAGAUGGCUUUGUACAGCGCUUGCGAGGAUAACGUGUCGCGUUUCGAAGUGCGAGCCGAGUGUGCGCCCGAAGGCGGCCAGCGAAAGACGUAUGGCAAAGAAAUGGCCGUUCAGGCCACGUGGGAGCUUAGCGACGACCAUGGCAGCACAACUUACCUUGUCGUGUCGCAUCGAGAUCAGCGAGACACGCAACAACAGCAACCGCUGCUGCCACAGCAUCAGCACCAUUUAUCAGCGUCACAUCAACAUCUACAAGCGACGCUUGAACAGCCGCCAGCCGUCGUAGCGGCUGCGGCCGCCACAGAACAGCGAUUCUGUCUCGCGUUAACCGAUGAUCGAAGGAAGUUGUAUCUGCUUGGUGAGAGCACUUGCAGCCGGCGGCGCGUCGCAAUACCGUCAAAGCUGGACCUCUAUCGCGAAGCAGAGUGUCCACCUCCAGGCGCCUCGGGCUUGCCGAAUUCUUCCACCCCUUCCGCACUCACGGUGCUGAGCGUUGCCACAUGCACGGCAUGGUUGGCCGCCAGAAGAAUAGCGGAUUUUGGAAACAAUAAUAGCCACCAUCGGUCAAACAGUAGAAAGAGACCGUCCCGAAUAAAAAAGACAACGACAAUGGCAGCACGGCUGUCAGCAACUCUAACUUUGCCUCAAAUAGCGCUACUAAGCGCGAGGAAACAGUCCUGGAAAGACACUUUGAACGGCGCCGCGAUUGAUGAACUUUUAUAAACGUGUUUAACACGAGUAGCAAUGAUAGUGACGCGAAGUGAAAUGAACGCUGCAGAUGAAACAUAACAGAAAGCGCGGGAUUAUGAACGGUGCAGAUUUGAAGCAGUAACUGAAUUCAGCUGCUAGGAUCACUACAACGUUUUUUCUGCCAUCAGCCUACAGUGUAUUUCGGACAGCGUACCAUAUUUCAGAUCACGUGUCGCGCCAUAGCUUAUAAUGUUCAUAAGUGUAAUGUAAUAGGGCGGAACGCCGCGUUGAAAUAUAGCGGGUCCGCGGUGAACUCAAAGAUGGACCAGGAUUGACUGUGCUUGACUAAUCGAUAUUGCUACGAAUUGGUAUUGAGUGAAUGGCUGACUGAUUUAAUUGACUCAUUGACAUGCACCUAAAUGUUUGAUGAUUGAUGAGGAUGGAGCACAGUUAGAAACAGGAAAGUACGUGUUGAACAGCCUUUGUUGGGUUUUGCAACUGUGUAUGAUACAGUGUGUCUAGAAACAAAUGACUGCGUAUGGUGACAUUGUUAUGUCGCAUAAGGCAAACGAGAAGGAUCAAGGGCACGUUAGAAGGUGGUAGCAGUGAAAGACUAACUGGAAAAAGCGAAUUUAGGUUGAUUUUCGUUAAACUCACGUAGUCCACGCGCGAUUACGACCAGUCGAAGUGAGGAAAGCAGGUUAUUAGUUGAACUGAUAAGCAAACUUGUAACUGGCAAGCAUGUCGGGCCGUGAAAUUAUUUAAAGGCAGCUUUCAAUGAGCUGUUUCAAUCCGUAAACUAUUGCUAUGUCUUACGACGGUAGAUCGUGAGGGAAUUCAUUUAGUUUGAAAGAAAUAGAGGAUAUGCUACAGGCUGUUAAGUUUUUUCCUCUUCGUUCCCCAUAAAGCCAAAAUACGGGUGGUAGAAAUAGGGCAUGAUUCAGCAUCAGUAAUCCACAUUUCGCUGUUUUUAUGAUCGUUUACGCUGUUAUCUAGUCAUCGUCUGGCCCACGCACAUGUCUAAUGCGUGGAGAAAACGUUGUGUACAUAACGGCAGGUCACUGGCCCCAGCCACUCGAAGAAAUGCCCCGCAAAGGCAUCGAAAGUGAACGGGGACAACCAGCGCAGGAAGGCCUUAUCAUAGAAAAGGUCAAGUGUUUUACCGAUCAUCAUACUAUUUCAAUUGCUUGACAGCGGGUAAAAUCGAAACAAGAUGCCAAUGGAAAAUCAAUAAGAGAAUACUGUACAUGGAUUUCCUAUACAGUAUGUAAUACUAUGACUUCGAUCAGAUAUAGGCGUUAUGAGAUUGCACAAAUGAUUUCUGAUAACGCACUCCACUAUGCUUCGGUAGAGGAUGCUGGGCCGUCGGGAUGCGCGAGUUUACUGCAUCGUUUAUUUUAAGUUACUGUCUAUGCUCAAUGCAGUCUAAAAGCUAAAAGCAGUAAGAUUUUGUAUAUGAAAAUUAAAUAUAGCAUUUAUUGGGUGCUAGUUAGUGAGGCAUUAGUAUAACAUAAUUUCUUAAUGACGCCAAUAAUAAUCUAUUGAUUUGCUCUUUAUACGAACCGAAAUCCGCUAUUCUUGCGGGAACGGUUUUGUGGUUGAAAUUCUUGCAAGUUAUUUUCAGUUUGUAACAUCUAGUAGUAACAUUCUACUAAUAUACUGGAACCACAGCCAUUAUCACCGUAACGAGAGCCAAAGUUGAUACAUAUAUAUAUAUAUAUAUAUAUAUAUAUAUAUAUAGCCACGGGUAGAAGGUUUUAGUUGUGUAGAAUAUAAAGGAAAAGGUUCUUUCUGUCGUUUUAAUUAGUAUUCAGAAUUAGUAUUCAGUUUUAUGAAUAUAAUAACAGGCGAUAGAUGGCUAUCGGCCGCAGGCAGAUGGGUGAAAUCCUAUAGGUCGGCGUUGAUUGUUCAGAGCAGGUUGUCUUCUGUGAUGCUGUCUAUUCACGCGUAGCAUGAGAGAGGUGAAUAGAUGCGGGGUUCAUACGAUAUGAAUGUACCUAUAACUAUGAUGAUAAUAUUAAAAUCUGGUAUAUGUACACGAAAUUGAGGACAUGAAAUAUAAUAACAGAUUGCGAUAUUGAUUAUAUAUAUAUAUAGAUGAGUAUGACCGACGUGUACGUAGGGUAUAAAAAGGAUCACAUAACUGUGUGACCGGUGCUGUAUAUUGCGAUUCAAUUCAUUAAUUUUCUAAUUGAUUAAUUAAUUGCUUCAUAGUGAUGAUUCACUAAUGAUUAUUAUGUUGGCGGAAAUGGUACAGUAAUAAUGAAUAUAAUUAUUAUGAUAAAUACUAUCACGGCAUUAUUAUUAUGCUAUUAUUAUAGCCGCUAUUCGCCAGGACAACGGCAAGGACAAACAGGUCGAGCAUCUUACGUAUUAUUAUUAUUAUUGCUAAUAUUAGGAUAUACGAACCGUUACAUAAAUCCUACCGCAAUUGGGCGUGCUGCUAUAAGUAUAUUGAACAUUAUAGCUAUUACAGAAGGGGCGACGAAGCCAAUUUCUGUACAGGAUUAAGCCCCUAUACGUAAGCCAAGAUCAUUAAGAACGCGAAGAGCUGAAAGUUACUAUAGAAACUACUCGAUAGACUGCAGAGCGACGCUUGCAUUAGUAAUGAGACCAUAGUGUGCCAGCAAAACGCUGGCCGAGAUAGAACCGAAAAAGAAUGGGAACGGAUAUAUCGAGUCAGAACCAGUGAAUGAAGAAGGCAGAAGGAAAGAGGAAAGAAGAGUACGUUUGCUCAACUGCACUAAGAUGGUACUGAUGAUUAUUUGGUAACAUCGGUGAUCACGAGACGCGGAUCAUAAUAUAAUCAUUCAUGAUAAUAACAAUAAUAACAAAAACAAUAAUAUUAAUAAUAGUCAGAAUGAUGAGGACAAGUGGAUAACAUCGGUGCUCCUGCUACUUCUAUGCAGACGAAAGCGUAGGAGUAUUUGGAAGUGUUUAUCGCUUUUUUUAUCGGUCACGGGUUUGUGAUAAUUAGAUGAACAGUGGCGACUAGAAACGGUAGCGCGUUCUUCCGGUCAACCUUAACGGAUUCUUAACUAGGUUACGUAAUGCUAUUAGAAAAUAAACAACACGAGGCUGCCAUAAA